GCACCACCUUAAAAACCCUAACCCCUUCAUCUUGUAACUUUCUUUUUUCCCUGCAGUUUCUUAAGAGCCACCACGGGAGGCCAUCGCUAGCAACUUCUACUGUUCUUGGUAGCCGACAAAUAAGAAGAGAAUUCACAAAAGAUGAGAGAAGAUCGAAAAUGGAUGGAUUACAGAACAUUGCCUGAUCGUCAAGGAUGGAAUGAAGAUUUUUUUGAAGGGGUAGAAGAUUUUUUGAAAUUUGCUACUAGUAAAGCUGCAUACAUGAAUGGUGACAAGAUCAGGUGCCCAUGUUCAAAAUGUGUAAACAUGAAAUGCAAAGAUUUGGAUGAUUGUAGAAAUCAUCUCUACGAAUUCGGUUUUACUGAAAAUUAUUAUACUUGGAUAUUUCAUGGUGAACCGCAUCAGCAAAUACAUCCUUCUCCAAAUGAAGUUGCAAUUGUUAAAGAUGAAGAAUUGAAUGCGUGCCAUCCUAGCUCUACAUCGCAAAUUGAUAACGCUGAUUCAGAAAAUGCUGAAAAAGAUAGUUCUAGUAAUUUUUUGAAAGUCUUGCAAGCUUCUUAUCAACCUCUUUGGAAAGGUCAUCCACAUCAUACUCAGCUAUCAACUACAUUAAAGUUGGUAAAUUUCAAAUUUGAACAUAAUUUGUCUGAGACUGUUAUGGGUUCUCUUCUUGACCUGGUGUGUGAGUUAUUGCCAGCUGAUAAUAAUUUACCAAGAAACUCUUUUGAAGCAAAUAAGUUGCUUACAGAUUUGGGGUUGCCAAUUGAAGACAGAGAUGAUAAAGAUGAUUCUGAAAAUGAUACAUAUGAUGAUGAAGAUUGCUCUGAAAAUGACACUAAUGAUGAUGAAGAUUGCUCUGAAAGUGACACAGAUGAUAAUGAUGAUGAUGGUUAUGCAUUUUAAGAUAAUUUCCUUUCAUGAUAUAUUCGGUGAAAUAUUUAGUUAUUAGAAUUACUUGGAAUUUGGUUAUUCAAGUACUUCAUUAUUUAGUUAUUAGAAUGACAUUGGCUAUAAUAUUUGCAUUUGGUAUCAUACUCAUUUAGUUGUA